AUGAAUGUGUCAGCACAGGAACACAUCUUGAAGCUGAAGAUGCCAUUCCAGAUUGAUACAUUUCGUAUUUACGUGUUCGUUACGAUCCUCAAAUAUUUUCAUAUAGCGACGUGCGGCUGUGGAAUUUCCACAAUAAAUUCGCUCAUCAUCAUUUUGAUACUACACAUCGGUGAUCAAAUUGAUAUCCUUUGCGAUUGGUUACUGAAAGCUUUUUCCAAAAAUACGAUGAAUACUGUCGACGGGACAACGAUGAAAACAUUGAUAACAAAGCAUCAACAAAUAAUCAUGUUUUCGGAGAACAUUGAAAAUCUUUAUUAUACGUACAUCGCGCUAAUGCUGUUUGUGUCGGACAUUAUCAUUAUAUGCUGUCUAGGAUUCAUUAUUAUCAUCUCAAUCGGUACACCUGGCGGAACACCAAUUUUGAUGAGGUCAGUACUUUAUUACAUUGUGAUGAACUUCGAGGCAUUUAUAUAUUGUUUCGCCGGUGAAUAUUUGAACGUCAAAAGCAAAAUGAUUAGCGAUGCGGUUUACAAUUCUCUUUGGUACGAUAUCACAAUCGAAAAAAAACGAAUGAUAUUGUUCAUGAUCUUAAGAUCGCAAAAAUGA